CGACUGGCUGGUUGUAUCGUCGUUGUGUUAAUGUGCAGACAUUUGCGUAUUACGUCAGACGCUCAGUUCAAGGCUCGAGGGGCUGUCACGCUGUACUUUACAAGCAUGUCUCUGCGCACUUACAGCCACCAGCUGGCUGCCCUAGACGCGAAGGCGGUGAAGGCGUGGCUUCAGGACGCCAGCUGGAAGGGCCGCGCCAACAAGAACAAUCCGCGGUUUUAUGCGGACGUGCCGGCGGACGACAGCGGGCCGUUUGCGGCCAUCCGCAAGGCUAUCAUAGACGCCAUCAACAAGGCGGAGAGGAAGAAGCGCCAGAAGGGCAAGAAGGUGGGUCGCUGCGCUCGCUGGGUCCUGGAUGAGGCCUCCCUCACCGGUGCGCAGCAGGGCCAACGGGCCAUGCAUCCUAGUAACGUAGUAGCGAUGUCAAAGGACGUGGCAAUGCAUGCAGUGGGCGAGGAAGGACAGCAAUCGUGUGGUCUGCGCGCGCUGGAGUUGAUUACUUGAGGACUACUCGAUGGUGCAAAGAGGGCAGCGGAAGUGGGCUCUCCGCACCCAAGUUUGGAGUACAGGACCCUGUCAGUGGCCGACCGGCUCCGCAGGGCAGCGGGCGCCAUUCCUGCCCUGCGUGGCUCUCACCACAGUCGUCGCGUUGCCUCGCGAAGCAGCAAUGCGUUGGGUGUAGGCCUAGUCGACAUAACACCAGAAC